GUGAUGCAACGGCCUCAAUGCCUCCUCCUACUCCUUGCCUGUGCCUGGCCCUUACAACAGGCGCUGUGCAAGGAGAUCGACAAAGCCCAGGACCUUCAGCAGGAGGAGACAGCCCCGAUCCCAGCUGAGCACAGAGGCAGCUACGAUGUUACCGACCAGCAACAACAAACACAGUCGGCGCAACAAUCGCAUCACCACAGCGGCUCGGCGGGCGCAGCGUCAGCGGGACACGUCUCCGCUGUGCCGGUCAUUCCAAUCCACGACCCACAUCAUCAUCACGCGCACCAUCUAACCGACCCACACGCUGUCGCCGCAGUGACACCCCAAGAUCCGGGCGACCCGUGGCCCCUGGGUCGUCCGGACAUGCCGCAGAUCAAGAGCCUGAACGUCAAGUGCGAAAAGAACCAUAUGAAGGUAUUUCUCGAGUUCGACCGACCAUUUCACGGCAUGAUCUUCAGCAAGGGCCAUUACAGCGACCCUAAGUGUGUUCACCUGCCGCCGAAUACGGGGCACAUCGCCGUUAACUUUGACAUCUUCCUCGGGAGCUGUGGUAUGUCCAGCAGUCAGCAAGGCGGCUACGACAACCUCGGAAGCGGGCUCUUCAUCGAGGAUACCAUCAUCAUCCAGUACGAUCCGCAGGUGCAAGAGAUCUGGGACCAGGCGCGUCGACUGCGGUGCACCUGGUAUGACUUCUACGAGAAAGCGGUAACUUUUCGUCCCUUCAACGUCGAUAUGCUGGACGCAGUGACGGCCAACUUUCUUGGAGACAAUAUCCAGUGCUGGAUGCAGAUCCAGGUCGGAAAAGGACCCUGGGCUAGUGAAGUGGCGGGCAUCGUCAAGAUUGGCCAGACCAUGACCAUGGUCCUAGCCAUCAAGGACGACGAGAACAAGUUCGACAUGCUUGUGCGAAACUGCAUUGCGCACGACGGUAAGCAUCAGCCCAUUGUCCUGGUAGAUGAGUACGGUUGUGUCGCACGCCCUAAAAUCAUGAGCCGGUUCCAGAAGAUCAAGAACUUCGGUGCAUCCGCGUCUGUGGUAUCGUACGCCUAUUUCCAAGCGUUUAAGUUCCCGGAUUCGAUGAACGUUCAUUUCCAGUGUGUCAUCCAAGUCUGCAGGUAUGAAUGUCCGGAGCCAAAAUGCGAAGGCGAUGCAGCUCUCGGUGGACACUAUCUUCCGGCACCCAGGGACCCGUCUCACGCCUACUCCGAACAGAAGGCACAUUUCCUCAAGCCGUCUGAGUCCCAGAAGCAGAGCAUCUCUGUAAGUAAAAAACAGACCACUGUGACCGUGACACCUGAGCCCAGCCCGCCGAAGGAAAACCUGCCGCCAGUGUUCUACAACAGGCAAGGCGAGCAGCUGCCGAGUGACAACGACGUUGUCAACCCCAACACUGGCUACGCCAUCGCGAGCACGGGAGGCAUGCCGCGCUCCCAUGAUGUCCGAAAGCGAGAGGUGGCCGACGCGACGAACAUACAAACGCAAAAGGUCAUUCAAGUUGUGGCACCCGGAGAUGUCGCGUUUAAUUUGCCCACGGGCGAGAACGACACCAUGGUGGACGUCUACAGUAGUCGCACCGCUUCGGCUGACGGCAACAUCUGCAUAUCGUUGCCUGGGUUUGCGGCCGGUCUUAUCGUGCUGCUGCUGUUGCUCAUCGUGUCUUCUCUCGUUGCAUCGUUCUUGUUCAUCCGAGUGCGACAUAUUGCAAACACGAAGAACCACGAGCAAGUCAUCUCCUACGACACGCCGGAGUUUGUCAAGGUAGCCAUCACGCCGCAGUGA